CAAUGUUGUUCUUUGUUCCGUAAGAUAACAAACACACCAUCCGGUAGGAGGAUUUGACUAGUUAACGCCUACCGAAUCCGCUAAUCCUAAUCAGUUGAGCGGAUCUUGGGUCCGGACCUAGUCGGAUGUGUUGUGCUGCGUGCCCUCGACAGUGCGUCAGUCGCUCAGUACGAGCUGCACUAGCCGGCCGAUCGAUCGAUCAUUCGUUGCGCUACGAUGUUUGGCCCUGGGUCCACCAUAGCCAGGCUCGUCGUCCUGCUGGGAUGGAUCACAUUGCUGUUAAAUCACGUACUACCGGCAGCAUCGUUCGAGUGCGGCAAGGACUCGGUCAACACGGAAAACAGGCUCAAAAGCUCACUUCUCUGCAAUGGCUACCGUGCUGAUAUGCGACCAAGAAAGGAUAACACCCAGUCGGUCAACAUUACCGUGGCCUACUACGUGCUAACGUAUGAGCUUGAAGAAGCGGAUGACUUGAUGAAAUUGGGCGUGUGGAUGGAGUUGAAAUGGACGGACGAGUAUCUGCGCUGGAACAGCACGCAAUGGAGCGGCAUAGAGCGAAUCGCAAUCAAUUCGGACGAGAUUUGGCUACCAGACUUUCGGCAUUACUCGUCAUACUACAAUCCAGAGGAGCUGCCCGAUUGUGCCAACCCCAAGUGUUCUGUGGCGCCGAAUGGGACCGUGACCUGCCUGCCCGUGUGCGGCAUGAACGCUAAAUGUGAUGCCGACUAUUCGCGCUGGCCGUUCGACAUGCAUCGGUGCAGCAUGUACUACGGGACGUGGGCCAACUCGAUGGACGAGGUGGACAUACACAUAACGGACGUGUGCCUUGCCAGAAAUGCAGAGUUCAAAAGCCCAAAGUGGGGAGUGGUCUCGCUUCACAACAACCGAGGGGUGAUUUCGUCCUCGGAUAACUACAUGUACUACGUGCUGGACGUCGAAGUAGUGCUCAUUAGGCGGGCUAGUUUCGAGCAGGUCGCUAUCAUUGGACCAAUCCUGAUUUUAGCGCUCCUUAAUGUGUACAUCGUUUGGCUGCGAUCGAGCAGCUUCGAAAGGAAGGUUAUGCUUGGAUUGUCCACGUUCUCUCACUUUACCUAUCUCAAACAACUGGAAUGGGCACUCCCGUACAAUCGCGAUACGCUUCCAAAUUGUAUGAUCUUUCUGCUAUGUUCCACCGUGCUGAGCGUUGUGCUGCUGCUGCUCACCUUACUCAACUGCUGGAUUCGUAUGCGACGAAACCGUGAUCCUACGACGGAGUCAUUUAUUGAUCGUAUGACAGGAUCGUUUUCCCAGAGUCGGGUGGCCGAACUGCUACUGGCUGCAGACUAUUUGGAACUAAACUAUACGGUGACACCAGAGGAGAAAGAACACUUUUGGGCGAAGUUUGCAAAGUUGUUUGAUCGAGUGCUGGCGAUAGGAUGUUUGAUGGUUUAUGUAGUACUUUUCUGGCUCUUCAUACCCUUCAGCCAUCGGUUGGAGCAACUGCCCGGGGUGAAUUGUUUCAUAUCGGCAUAGUCUGAAACACAUAGACACAGGGACAAAGGUUAAAUAGUGCUUCUAAGACACAAUUAAACACAAAUGUCUCAGAUAAAAUUGGUUAAAAAAUAUAAUAUAAAAUUAAGUAUAUUAUUGUUCCUACAGUGAUUUUCAGGACUUAAAACAAGAGGCUCCAUGUUUUGUAAAAAAUGCGGUCUGGAUACAUAACAGCAAUAACCGCUCUCUUGUUUGUAAAUUUGUACAAGAUGUGAUUUCGUUUCUCUAGCAGAUAAACACUUAAAAAAACAUGUCUUAUCACGUUUCGAAUGGAUCGGUAUUAUGGUUUCGAGUUAGAGAAGUUAAGUUUUUGUCAAAAAAACAAUUGUGAACAUAUCAUCAGAACUACCAACGGCAUUAGGAAUGUUUGAGUGCAACUUCAUUUAUUGGAUCGUUUCAACCGUUUCUUCAUAUAGUUCUAGUCUGCAUGGUUCAUGGAAUGGCGAGCCACAUGUAUGUCUUUUUUUAAGUACAAUCCAUAAGAUAACAGAAUUACGAAACUCCUA